AUGGCUGGCAGCGGCGAGCCUCUCGAUCCCACCAACACUUCGGCCCCCGAUUUGCAGAUUCUAGGCGAUGAAAUCACUCUACAGCCUGGUGGCUACCUAGAGCCGGAAAAGGGUGCGGCUGUGGAGAAGGAGGAGGCGCUGAUGAAUCAAUUCGCGUCGUUUCGAUCCGAGCCAUUGCAGCAUACCAACCUCUGCAGAUUCCUACGUGAGGUGUCUCUCUACGUUUCCGGCCAGGGGUGGCGCGCAUACGACAAUGUCAUCGGACAGCCCGUCUUCUACCCUGGAUUUACCCAGAACAUGACGUCCAUGGUCAUGUCUGCACCGCUUCUCCAGGAUCGUAUUUCACAACUGGCAGAGAGCCGCGUUGUCGUCGAGGAAAAAGAAGGAUUGCUCAACAAGGAUGACAAGGACUACGUGACGAAGCGGGCACAGCGCCGUGUCGCUCUUGAAAAUUCCCUGCAAGAGGUCGCUGAAAAGUUGACUGACCAAAUGAUUUGCAAAAUGGAGAGCAAGACAUUCAUCCGUGGUGCCUACUAUAUGUGCACGCAGCUCCUGACAAGAGCCUACCACCAGGGCAUUCACGUCUCCAGCGAGGAGGUCCUGCGUCUCCGCAAGGUGGCUGACAUGGCCGCCAAGAAAAAGCAAAGUAUUGUCUUUCUUCCCAGUCACCGAUCGCACGUCGACUACGUCAGUCUCCAGCUCAUUUGCUACCGCCUUGGUCUGACGCUACCCGUCGUGGUGGCUGGUGAUAACCUCAACUUUCCUCUUGUUGGAAGCUUUCUCCAACAUGCGGGCGCCAUGUGGAUCCGUCGCUCCUUUGGUGACGACGCUCUCUACUCGACACUGGUUCAGUCCUACAUCGACACAUUGCUUCAGCAGGGAUUCAAUUUCGAAUGCUUCAUUGAAGGAGGCCGAUCGCGUACUGGAAAGCUGCUGCCGCCCAAAUUCGGCAUCUUGAGCUUCGUCCUCGACUCCAUCUUGUCAGGUCGUGUCGAGGACACCAUCAUCUGCCCCGUCAGCACCCAAUACGACAAGGUCAUUGAGACGGAGGGGUACGUCACCGAGCUACUCGGUGUCCCCAAGAAGAAGGAAAACCUGGCCGACUUUCUGUCAGGGGGCUCCUCUGUGCUGUCCCUAAAGCUCGGCCGUGUGGAUGUGCGAUUCCACGAGCCCUGGAGCCUCCGGACGUUUAUUGAUGAGCAGCUCACCAGGAUCCCCAAUGUUCCUCGUGGGUUGCACACUGAUCAUCGCAACCCAGCUGUUCGGGCGGUCCGUGAGAAGAUUCUGCGAACUCUUGGCUACAAGGUUCUUGGAGAUAUCAACGCCGUCUCUGUCGUUAUGCCCACAGCUCUUAUCGGAACAGUCUUGCUCACUCUCCGCGGCCGCGGUGUUGGCAAGCAAGAACUCAUCCGUCGCGUCGAGUGGCUCACGGCGCGCGUUCGAGCCAAGGGCGGCCGUGUCGCACACUUUGGCAACGCGCCGCUUUCGGAAAUUAUAGAUCGUGGUCUUGAGGUUCUUGGCAAAGACCUGGUCGGCGUUGUCGAAGGACUUCCCGAACCCACCUACUAUGCUGUCGAUCGCUUUCAACUUUCCUUUUACCGCAACAUGACGAUUCAUCUGUUCAUUUACGAAGCUCUUGUCAGCGCCGCCAUGUACACCCGCGUCAAGCGAGGUGGAGGGCCAUCCAUGCAGGUCAUUGAGUUUGGAGAGCUCAAGUCGACAGUCUUCUUCCUGUCCUCUCUCUUCCGUGGCGAGUUCAUCUUUGGCAGCGCGGGCCUCGAUGCCAAUUUGGAGAAGACGCUCAAGGGACUGGAGGCUGACCGCGUCGUGCAACUGACAAGGGACGAAAAGGGCAAUGUUGUCCAGGUUGGUCUUUCCGACGAAGAACGCAAAGCAGGACGCGAGAACUAUGACUUCUACUGCUUCCUGAUUUGGCCAUUCAUUGAAGCCAGCUGGUUGGCCGCCGUGUCCCUGAUGGGACUCAGCCCGGCCGGCGACGCCAGCGACGUCUGGGUCGAGCAGUCCAAAGCGCAAAAUAGCGCUCAGCUUCUCGGCAAGACCCUCUACCACCAAGGUGAUCUCUCCUAUUUCGAGGCCGUGAACAAGGAGACGCUCAAGAACUCGUAUACCCGCUUCGAAGAGGACCAAAUGGUGCACGUGGUCAAGACCAAGGACUCCAAGAUCCCCCCGCGCAUGCAGCUCGACCCGUCCUGGCGCCCACCCCGCGACCCCGCCACGGGCGCCCUGCUCGCCGAGGGCAAGCUCUGGGACUUUACCGAAAAGAUUGCCAGCUGCCGCCGCGAGGGCAAGAACCGCCGCGACGGCGCGACCGUCAGCAGUCGCGUGCUGCGCCUCACCGACGAGCUCGGCCGCGCCCUGUUUGAGCAGGCGGCCGAGGCGGCCAAGGCCGGCGGCAAGCAAAAAAUUCCCAGUCGGCUCAGCCAGGAGGAGGAGGAGACGCUGCACAAGUCUGUCGGCGACGCGCGGCGCCGCAGAAAGUUGCGCGGCAGGCCGAACCUGUAA